AUAAACAAACAAACACUGUAUAAAAUAUACUGCAGAAUUCAAGAUUUUCAAGAACGUCCUGCGACUGACGAGGAAUAGAGACGAGACGUAUCUACUUAUUUAGAGACGCAAUAAAUGCAGUGUAGCCACAAAAGCGCAUCUUGUGGAAAAAAUGAUUGUAACAAACAUCAAUAUGCUGCCUCCUCAAUCAUGUGACACCUUCGUUGUGCUCCCGCCUCAUACAAGUGAUAAUCAAGUGAUAUUUGGCAAAAAUUCUGACCGACCUCGUCAUGAGGUGCAGGAAGUCGUGCACUUGGCGGGAGGAAUCAGACAGGGACCUUUAAAGUGCACAUACAUAAAAAUUGAGGAGAGUUGUAAGCCACUGAAUGCCGUCAUACUGAGCAAGCCGGGGUGGAUGUGGGGAGCAGAGAUGGGAGCCAACGACAAGAAUGUGGUCAUUGGCAAUGAGGCGGUGUGGACCAAAAAUGACAAGGGCCUUGGAAAUGCUCAGGAAAAACGCCUGCUGGGCAUGGAUCUUGUUCGCUUGGGCUUAGAACGAGGUAAUACCGCAGAAGAGGCAAUAGACAUUAUAACAUCUCUUCUUGAGAAGUAUGGACAAGGUGGUCCUUGCAGUGAACUUGAUGACAAUCUCUUUUACCACAACUCAUUCCUUAUUGCGGACCCCACUGGGGCAUGGGUGCUUGAGACGAGCGGCAAUCUGUGGGCUGCUGAGAAAGUGUUGUCAUACAGGAACAUCUCUAAUGGGCUAACUAUUACUACAAAGAUUGACAAAAUGUCUGAUGGAUUAAAAGAGAAAGCAAUGGAGCUAGGACUUUGGGAUGGACAGGGUGAGUUUAACUUCAUGAAAGUUUUUUCAUCUGGCGGUGAUCUCCACCGCCAACUUGAUGGGGAAGCACUACUCAGAAAUGGUUGUAAGGAUUCUCAAUUCACCAUAAAUGACAUGUUUUAUGUCUUGCGGCAUAAGAAAAGCCGAAUAUGUAGAGGAUGCGAUGAUGGUUUUCCCACCCAAGGAAGUCAGGUAUCUAUUUUAACGGAGAACGGAAGAAGUGUCCAUUGGUUCACGGCUACACCAGACCCUAGCGUUUCUCUUUUCAAACCAUUUGUCUUCACCCCGAAUUGCGAAACAUCGUGCUACACGGAGAGUCUCCAGGAACCUAAACAUGAGAGUCGUUUAUACAAGCUACAUGCAGAUCAUAUAAUUCGAGGCACCAAAAGCCAAGAACUGAUCAGACAGUUACAAAUACUGGAAGCGGAGAGUAUCCAGAGAGUGGAAUCAACGCUGCGUCACUAUGAUGCUGGAGAAAAUUUAAACAUAGACAAUCUGAUGGAAGACUACGUUAUGAAGGAAGUUAAACUUUACAUCGUUGACACCGAAAACGAAUAGAUUGUAAGAAUAAAUACACGUAAAAAACUAUUUAAAGGGCCAUACGAAAUAUACACCAAAGAAUUUAGAAAUAUUUCAAAGUAACAUAGUUACAAAUUGUUAUUGUUUAUUAUGUUUUUGUUGUUUUCUUUUGUUGAAUGAGAAUAAAAUUUAUUAUAUUUGAAUGAAUAUAUAUAUAAGACCUAUACAUCACGUAGGUAUCACCUUCAUAUCGUAAUCACACUCUUUUUGAAUGAUCUCGAUGUCAAUAAUAGUGUGUAGCGGAUGCGUUAUACAAAUAGUAGAUAGAACAGCAUCUAAGAUAACUUUUAAUGAUUUGAAUAUUUCGAUAAAGCUUAUUGCGAGAACACAAUUCCGAUUUCAUUUUAGUCAAGUCUCUAUUAAUUUUCAUCCCCAGUGCCAUUGGUAGAAAGUAAUUUGCCUCAAUUUCAUAAUAGACCGAGGAGGCCAUCAACAAUCCUCAAUAAUCCUAAAUAUAGCAAGAUACGACAUAGGUAUAUUUGCAUCUUAAAAAUGUAUGGUCUUUUGUAAGGGCCUUGGCCAAAUCUGGAGCAUUCAGAAUGCAGCCAACUCAUCGGGUAGCGAGAUUCGGCAUAUACAUAUACAGGUUGUUACAUCUUAAAAAGUUAGGUAUGUGUGUGUGAUUGCCCAAGAUACAUCUAGCCAAACUUGGAGCAUUCGGAAUGCAAACUAUAUAAAUGUCAUAUAGUAAGAAAAAGUGACCAAGGCCUCCAGUGCCCCAGGCUGGAAUCGAACCAGCGUCCUCUGUUAUCGCGGCAGGUGACGAUAGACUUACAAAGACGACAAGGUAGAAACAAAUGUAUAAUAAAAACACUGUCAAUCACAGACUAGAGAUAAAUGAAGAGGAUAAUUCGAAUAAAUUGACUUCAUUAAAAUAAUGUAUACUUCAAAGAGUGAAGGUUCUUUAAUUUCAUGUACUUAUACAACUUAGUCUGAAGUAUCACAUGAAUUCGUAAGAUUAGGGAAAGAUAAAUAUUUAAGCUACCUAAUGCAAUAGUAUUACAAAUAAACAGCUAAGUUGUACACUUAAACAUAGCAUAUUCUUUGAGAUUUAAUAAAUGCCAUACUGAUAUUAUCUACAUUAAGUUUAUUUUGUAUUCAUAUCUUGCAACGCAUUAUAAACCAACUAACAACACCAUUAUGAGGUACCCCAUAAUUUGCAGCCUAAAUGUAGCCUUGUAUAAAAACGGAGCUUGAUAAAGUGUCUUACAUAAAUAUACAUAGGUAAUGUAGAGGAACAAAAAUCAUCGAUUAGAUUAGUUCCUCGUAAAUUAAUCCUUGUUACGGCACUAAUAGUAAUUACACAAAACGGUAUUUUAGUUAAGUCACUUGAUCAUGCGAGCCUGUGCUUAAUACAAACUUCCCAGUACUGUCGAAACCCAGGAAAUGAUAUGUUUACCUGUAAUGCUUUCCUACGUCAUGAGACGUUGCAUUAAUAUUUUAUAAUUGUACCUAUCGGGUGUGGCGCCUGAAAGUACACAAAAUGACUAUCUCUACUGUUUCAUUAUAGUAUUCAAUUAUUAAGAAUAAUGAGAUCCUUAUUAUUUAUAAAAACCAGUGGCCAGUUGAUUGGUGAAAUCAAGGCCUAUUCACCGACUAGGCGAGGCAACGGCUACCUGCGAUGGGAAUCUACCGAGUGCAGAAUAUGUUGCGCCGCGGAGCUGGUCAACAGGUCGUACAGUUCGCAGCAGUAAGUAUGAUCAUUCGGACUUAGAACAAGUGGAAUAAGUUUAACUGUGCCACUGCACUUUUGCUCACAUUAAUAGACAGCGCUCAAGUCUGACUCAACCAAGCUUCAGUAUAAAAUAAGACAUCCGAUCAGAAGUAAGACUGGACUUGAAGUUGUAGUGCCUUACUUGAGCGCAGUUUGUUAAUACGCGUCUUAUUAUUAACCUAUAACUGUGGCUCGGACAGAAGUUUCUACCGACAAUCUUACACCCGGUGAACAAGCUUUUGAAUAAAAACACCAAAAUAUAUCACAAUAUACAUAUAUUUCCUUUUUACCAUACUUUUGAAAGAUCGGCUUGUACGCACAAAUGGAUAAAUUUAUUUUAGGAUACGACACGGUGUACAGACGCAUUAAUUCGAGCUGCGUAGGUAACCUAUGAGUAAUGAUUUAAUGAAACAGACUAGAAUGCUGGUAGUAAGUUCCGUAAGCCACUAGUACACCACUCACUACAUUAUUUCAUUAAAUAAAUAUUUACAACUACUUAUUCCAUAUCGUGACGAUGUCCUAUCAGCGACGUUUAUUUAUAAACUACAUAAUUAAAUGUUUAUUCAUGAAAUAUGCCAUACUAUCAAACAACAGAGAGUAGUAACAUGCGUGACAACAUAUUACCUACUCGUCUAUACAUUAACGGAAAUCUCUAAGGAUUAUAUUAAACUAGGGAGCCGUUUCAUGAAAAAUACAUAGAGUUGUAAUAGUAUUAAAUCAAUCUUAUUAUGUACGCGUAGGUACCACGACUGCACGAUUGAACAAGAGUUGCACGAUUCUUGAAACGGGGCCUUGGACACUAUGUACUUAUAGAUCAGCUAUGUACAGCUAUUAUCUGAAUACAUUUCUAUCACACGACAAGGUCGUAGAGUCUGUGCGGACAGAGAAAAGUCGUGGAAUGUAUUGGGCCCCAUACAUUCUACGACUCUCCUCUUUCCGCACAGACUCUAUGAACUAUUGAGUUCAACUGUUAAGGUAAACUACUCAAUUAUUGGCACUUAUAGACAGUAAAUAUGUCUAGCCUGCAAUGUUUUAAAGAUAGAAGUGUUUGUGCCAAUAUGACUUGGGUGGCUAAUAUAGAGCUGUUUACUUACAAUUAGUCAUACUUAAGAGUCCGCAGCAAGCUCGGUCGAAUUUCACCAUCCCAUACAAACGGAGUUUCGGUCUCAUUUUAAAACUACGCGUUAGAUCGUAAUGAAACAUUGCACAUACAAUGACAUGAGGUAUAUCUAUGCCUGUAAUUAGUUUAUAUAAAAA